UCGUGUGUGCAGAAAACAUGUACCAAUCUUGCUUAAUAUAUAUUCUGAUGCAGAAGGUCAGGGGUGGGGUUUGUGAUUCUGAAUUUCUAACAGGCUUAUAGGGGAGGCUGAUGGUAUUGUUUCAUACUUUGGGUAGCAAGCUGACAGGCUUGCCAUUUUUCAGAUAUUACGGCAGAUCCUGAAUUCCUGUUUUAUCUGACUUAUGGAGCUACUACUUUUCCUAUAAGUAGCCUGGCUUAACCUAUCUUAUAAAUACAAAUAUCGACACAUGCCUAUAUAAGCACAUGCAUGAAUGCUAUGACUUAGAAUGUUUAGUGCUUCGAGGAAGAGAAAACUCGAACUCAAACUGCCUUAGGCAAGGAGGACAUUUAUUAUUUUAUACAACUGAAAGAGCAGAGGGAGUCAAAAGCAAGCUUGAGGAGCAGUAGAGUACAUGACUCCGCAAUGUCUUCAAAGACCUGGGCUUUCGUUUCUCUACUCUGCCAUCCUCUGCCUUCAGUACCUGGCUGUGACUGUGACGGACAUCACUUUCAGAUAAAACAAUGUCCAGAGGCAGAAAGGAGCUGUCUCUGGUGUCUCUGUUUAGAACCCAGACACAUUUCACAGAAGCCCCAAGCAAACAUCUCACACUUCAUGUCGCUGGUCUGUUUCCAACCUAGUUAUUUAGCCGGGGGGUGGAUGACUGGGAUUGGCUUAGCUUAAUGAAGAUAAUCAGAGUCCACUUGCUGGAGCCAGGGAGGAGGGGGUCAAUGUCCCUUUAAACAUGUAAAUAUGCAGAGGAAUGUAUAUCUGAAAUAAGUCCAAAUUAGGUUGGAAAGAGGAAAUUCCUCAUAACUGAGGGGAGAGAGAAUAGGUGCUAAGUUGGCAAAUUACCAACGUAGUGUAUGUGUCUACUCACAUAUACUCCCCAGCAAAGAGGCUUUAUUUCAAGAAGAGCAAUACACCAUCUUAUCACAGAUCUGCAGCAGAGCGGUCUGGAGGCUCAAACCCUUCUCUUUGCUGUCAUUGCAUUUUCCCUCCCUGAAGCUGCCCUCUAAAUGUUUAGUUUGACUGUGCAAAAAUAACCUUUACCGCAGCUUUCUACUGGGAAGCUAAUCAUUGAUGCAUAAUUACAAUGUAGGGCAGAAAUAAGUACCCAGUUGAUUUUGUUGUUGGCUUGACUUAAUUGAAAUACUGUAUGUUUUUCAGGCCCACCCUCAUCAGGCCCACUCUAUCCUUGUAGUUCAUCCCUAAACAAAUAGAGGCAACUCUGAUGCCCAAUGCUUUCUUGAUCCAGUCCUUGAAAUCUCAUGAUUGAUUUUUGCCAGCAUUGUACGAUGUGUUUCCUCUGUUUAGACACUAGAUAAAUUUUACAGUAAGCAAUUAUGAAUAAAUUUUACCAUAAGCAAUUAAAAAACAACCAGGUUUCAUAAUCACAUUCCUGGGAGACCCAGUGAACUGCCAAAAACUAUUUUUAAAAGUGCGUUAAGAGAAUUUAAUUCUUGACAUAAAUUCCUAUAACAAGAGAUGCAUUGAGUGAAAAUUUUUCCUCAUUUACUAAUAAACAUUGACUAAUAAAUGUUACUUUAAAGAAAAAAAAAAGCAGGACAACAUGGUGGACAAAAACACAGACUCUGAAGCCCAACUACCUGGGUUAAAUCUCAGUUAUGCCACUAACUGUGUGACCUUAGGCGAGUUCUUAAGCUUUAUGCUUUGGUUUCCUUUUCUGUGAAAUGAGGAUAUGAAUAGCAUUUACCUCUCUUGGCCUUUGUGAAUGUUAGGCAUGCAUAUAAAGAAAAGUGCACUUAGCAUAGGGUAAGCCCAUUGUAAGUGUUAACACAUUUAUAUUUUUAUAUGCCUGCUUCCUUGAAGUAGCACCUGUAUUUACACAUAUUUUCUCUAAUCCCCCAAACAACCCUGAAAGAUUAGAUAGUAUUGCAGCUAUUAUUAACUCAUAAUAGCUAACAUUAAUUGAGCACCUACUAUGUGUCAGACACCGUUCUGGCUACCAAACAGGCAUUGUCUCAUUGAAGCCUCAAAACAAGUCACGGAAAUAUGAUUUUUCUCCUUUUACAGAUGACAAAACUGAAGGACAGAAAGAUCAAUUAAAUUGCUCAGUGACAUUCACUUUGUUUGGUAGUGGCAUUAUUGAGACUGGAGCUCAGUCAACUUGACUCUCGCAUGCUUAACUUUAUGCUACUUUUGAUAUGGGUGAACAUAGACUAUGAUGUUAAAUGACUUGUUCACAAUCUUUCCACUACCCCUUGUUCCCUUCUCUCAGUUUGGUCAAUAAGCAUGGUAAAAAAUCUACUCUAUGUCAGAAAGUGUGUGGGAAGUCAGAGAUUGUGAUCCGUAGACCAUAGCAGAACUUGAGAAAAUGAAGAGACAUGUUUAAAAGGGUACUAAUAAGUAUUCAAUCGAAAUUAGAGUCUACAGAGCACUCUCAUAUUGAACUGAACAGAAUUAAGGCAUUAAUUGUCUCAUGAGCAGUACCUGCUUUAUAGAAGCUUGCUAAACAUGGUGCUUGUGGUAGGAUGCAAAGUAAAAUACUAUGUUCAUAGCACAAAUGAGGAAGACGCUCGGUCCCACCUGUCGGACUCUCUUGCCCCUCAAGUAUUACCAUGUCAUAGUCUUCAACUGACAUUGUUACUGCUUUAGAUGGCAGAGCCCUUUUAUUCAAAUGAAAUAUUAUAAGGGAAGGCCAAUGUCUGAAACAGAUACAUGUUUUAUUAGUACUCAUUUCUACAUUCAGCAUUAUAGAAAAGUUACAAUAAAGCCCACAGACAAGACCAGUUAAAAUGCACCAGGCUUAAAGUUUGCUUCCCGUUUUCAUCAUUUUGCUUUUGGUUGCCCAUUUCUGAUAAAAUCUUGAGUCACAGAUAGCAGUAGUCAUACAUCUAACAGCUCCUGACUUCCCAUAUCGAAGAUUUCUUCUGUAUCAGUUUAAAUAGGUGUGGGAGUUUCUUUUAGCCAAAAAAAAAAAAAAAAAAAAAAAAAAAAAAAAAAAAAAAAAAAAAAAUCUGGCUUUCAUUCACUGACAUAUAUUAGUGAGCACCUCCUAUAUGCUAAGCACCCAGCAGAGUGCCAGAGUACAUGACAGACAGGGUAGACACAGUCCCUUCCUUUGCACUUUUGGAGAGUGGCAACUUCUAAUCUAGACUCUGCACGACAGCUAGUUUUAAUUUUUCAUUUCAUUUUUCCAAAUGCAAUAGAUAUUAGAGGAAAUUUUAAAAGAAGAAUAUUUGCUAGAUGAGGGUUUCAGGGAGAUAAAAUUCUCUGCAAAGGUGGGAAAUUCUGUAUCUGAUAGAAUUUUAGAAGGGACUAAAACAAUAGCAGGGAAGAAUUCUGGGGGAUGCAAAAGAGGGAGUAUAUGAACAGUAAAGACUAGAGACUGCAGUGGAAGCACCAAGCUGAGAAAAGACAAAGAGGACUAGUGGGUAGGUUCACCAAGGAGGGGUGGCAAAGUAUUUUACCACCAGUGGCAGAAUAUGCUUAGGACCGAAACUUCUUGCUCAAUUUGUUUUUUUGUUUUGUUUUUUUUCUUUAGCAAAAAUACUUUGGGCCUUCUUAGAUGUGGAAAACUUGCCCCUGGGCAGAGCCAAGGAAAAUCAAAGGGAAAGAAAAAGUUGAAUUGCUCUACAAAAGGAAGUUGGAAAAUUUUAAGUAUUUAGGAAUCGCCCAGGAGGGGACACGGGAAGGAGGAGCAUGAGCGAGAUUCUGGAACAAGGAUUGAAAAAACGUACAAGGAAGGCCUUUGGAAUACGGAAGAAAGAAAAGGACACUGAUUCUACAGGUUCACCAGAUAGAGAUGGAAUUCAGCCCAGCCCACACGAACCACCCUACAAUAGCAAAGCAGAGUGUGCGCGUGAAGGAGGAAAAAAAGUUUCGAAGAAAAGCAAUGGGGCACCAAAUGGAUUUUAUGCAGAAAUUGAUUGGGAAAGAUAUAACUCACCUGAGCUGGAUGAAGAAGGCUACAGUAUCAGACCCGAGGAACCCGGUUCUACCAAAGGAAAGCACUUUUAUUCUUCGAGUGAAUCAGAAGAAGAAGAAGAAUCACAUAAGAAAUUUAAUAUCAAGAUUAAACCAUUGCAAUCUAAAGACAUUCUUAAGAAUGCUGCAACUGUAGAUGAAUUGAAGGCAUCAAUAGGCAACAUCGCACUUUCCCCAUCACCAGUGGGUGCAAUUAAAAGGAACUUAUCCAGUGAAGAAGUGGCAAGACCCAGGCGUUCCACACCAACUCCAGAACUUAUAAGCAAAAAGCCUGCAGAUGACACUACGGCCCUCGCUCCCCUCUUUGGCCCACCACUAGAAUCAGCUUUUGAUGAGCAGAAGACAGGAGUUCUUUUAGAUCAGCCUGAGAUAUGGGGUUCAGGCCAACCAAUUAAUCCAAGCAUGGAGUCGCCAAAGUUAACAAGGCCUUUUCCCACUGGAACACCUCCACCACUGCCUCCAAAAAAUGUACCAGCUACCCCACCCCGAACAGGAUCCCCCUUAACAAUUGGACCAGGUGCAUCAUCCCCUGCUCGACCAGCCACUCCUUUGGUUCCUUGCAGCAGUACCACUCCACCUCCACCUCCUCCCCGGCCUCCAUCCAGGCCAAAGCUACCUCCAGGAAAGCCUGGAGUUGGAGAUGUGUCCAGACCUUUUAGCCCUCCCAUUCAUUCUUCCAGCCCUCCUCCAAUAGCACCCUUAGCGCGGGCGGAAAGCACUUCUUCAAUAUCGUCAACCAAUUCCUUGAGCGCAGCCACCACUCCCACAGUUGAGAAUGAACAGCCUUCCCUCGUUUGGUUUGACAGAGGAAAGUUUUAUUUGACUUUUGAAGGUUCUUCCAGGGGACCCAGCCCCCUAACCAUGGGAGCUCAGGACACUCUCCCUGUUGCAGCAGCAUUUACAGAAACAGUCAAUGCCUACUUCAAAGGAGCAGACCCAAGCAAAUGUAUCGUUAAGAUUACUGGAGAAAUGGUGUUGUCAUUUCCUGCUGGCAUCACCAGACACUUUGCCAACAACCCAUCCCCAGCUGCUCUGACGUUUCGGGUGAUAAAUUUCAGCAGGUUAGAACACGUCCUGCCAAACCCCCAACUUCUCUGCUGUGAUAAUACACAAAAUGAUGCCAAUACCAAGGAAUUCUGGGUAAACAUGCCAAAUUUGAUGACUCACCUAAAGAAAGUGUCUGAACAAAAACCCCAGGCUACAUAUUAUAAUGUUGACAUGCUCAAAUAUCAGGUGUCUGCCCAGGGCAUUCAGUCCACACCUCUGAACCUGGCAGUGAAUUGGCGAUGUGAGCCUUCAAGCACUGACCUGCGCAUAGAUUACAAAUAUAAUACAGAUGCAAUGACGACUGCUGUGGCCCUCAACAAUGUGCAGUUCCUGGUCCCCAUCGACGGAGGAGUCACCAAGCUCCAGGCGGUGCUCCCACCAGCAGUCUGGAAUGCUGAACAACAGAGAAUAUUGUGGAAGAUUCCUGAUAUCUCUCAGAAGUCAGAAAAUGGAGGGGUGGGUUCUUUGUUGGCAAGAUUUCAGUUAUCUGAAGGCCCAAGCAAACCUUCUCCAUUGGUUGUGCAAUUCACAAGUGAAGGAAGCACCCUUUCUGGCUGUGACAUUGAACUUGUUGGAGCAGGGUAUCGAUUUUCACUCAUCAAGAAAAGGUUUGCUGCAGGAAAAUACUUGGCAGAUAACUGAUGAAAUCUUAUGCAAGGAUUUGGAGGAUUCAUAUAAUGGAGAACUGAUGUAUGAGAAACAGGUUUUAAUUUUGGUUUGAUGAAAACAAACCAAUAUCUGCACUUCGGAUAUAUCAGGUGGAAAGUCAAUGACUUUCAUCUGUGACUUCCCUCACACACUACCAUGAUGACCAGUCCUACAGUAUUUACUUCUAGGUGUAAUAUUGUUAAUGGUUUUAAAAUGUAAUUAUUGUAUUUGUAAAUUGUACUCUCAUUCCAGUAAGGCAGUUAGACACUUGAGUUUUAGCAUUUUACCAUUCCUGAAAUGGAUGUAAUUUAAACUGUGGUAUGUAAAUUUAAUAGUAGUAUUGUUGAAUGGCACAAUGCUUACAGAGGUAGAUUGCAUUUUGUCAAUAUAUAAAAUUUAAAUAUAAUAUUGAUAGCUAUCAUAAAGGGGGUGCCACAUGUUAAAGAGACUUAAGUGGAACCAGAAGAAAAAGAAACAAGCUUACUUUUCUUCAAUCCUUAGUAUGUUUUACUCUAGUGCUAAAAAUUCUAUCUUCAAAUGUUUAGUGGGUUAAAUUGAGAAACUAUUUCAGAAAAAAAUUCUAAGGUUACAGCAUAUUCAAAGAAAAGCAUUAGUUACCACUUUUUAAAAAGCUUUUUUUUCAAACCGCAAAUUUCAUAAAAAUGCAAACUGUGUAAACAGGGCUUCUUAUUUUUAUAACUUGUGUAAAAAGGGAAAGCAAUUCAUAUUUAAAGUUUGAGUAUAUUAAAUUAUAAUCAAGAGUAAAGAAGAUGUUGAAGUCUUAACUACUUGCCCCUCUCUACAGUUUCGCAAAUGUGGGGAUUGCUGAAUAAUCAGUCAGACUAAAACCAAAAUUGUGAUUUUAAGAUUUCAAGACUUUCCAUAGUUGAACUGGUUAACAACUUUUGCUUAAUUACUCUGAAUAGAUGAUCUUACUCAUCCAGUAUGGGGGAAUGAUACCUCGCGUCUUCCUCUUUACCGACAGGAAUCAAAAUGCUGAGACUGAGAAUUUUAGGGAAAAAAAAUUCCCCUGUUUAGAUCCAGAAGGAGAGUUUUAAUCAUUGUGUAUAUCAUUUGAGAAUGAAAAAAUAAGGUUUAUAAAUGAAAUUCUAUUCACAUUACUGUGUAAUAAAUUUCCUUUCGGAUGAUUAGGAUUCAUUGCAUAAAACUGUAAAUCUUUGCCAUUCUUGGAGAAGCAAGAGGAGAGUUACCAAAAAUGUAUGUCGUUUCAUCGUUGCAAGGUAUAAUAAAAACUGUAAUUAUUCACUCUAGCCCUGCCAUAUGAACAUUUAGAAAGACAAACUUCUUCGGGAGUCUCAGUUGUAAAACCUUCCCUCAUUAAGAUCUGAAAAUGUUAGUCUUCCUUUAAGUCAUAGAACUUAUUUAAACAUAAUCCAAUUUCUAUUACAGGUUAUGCUAUUAAAUAACUGUAAUUAUUAAGUUAUUAUUUUUAUAAUUAGUUGUUAAAUUUCAUUUUAUACCCACUCAAAUUUAACAAAGAAUCUUUAGCCCCUUUAAAUUUUAGAAUUAAGUUAAAUUUUUAAAGUCUUACUUCUAAAAUGAGAUUGUGACUGGCAAUUGUUUAUAGUGAAACUUUUUAAAUUAAUCUUUGUACUCCUCUAUCAGUGCUCGCUACCAAGAGAAUGUCCAAAAUGAUUUGUUUUACCGUGGGAAAAUUCUUACUAUUCAACAAAUUCUCAUUUGGCCCCAUACAGCAGUCUGGUGUUGAAGUUUCUUUGAACAAACUAAUUAAUAUACUCAUUUUAGGUAAAGGUAUCCAAUUUCAUUUUGAAACCAAAAUAGAAAAUGCAAAAUUCUAAAUUCCAUGAAACAUGGAAUUUAUGACACCAAAAUUAAUGGAGAGUAAGCAGCAGAAAACUGAGAAUUAUCCAGCAUAUGAAUAUAACGAUGUGUUUUUAAGUAAUCAAUUCAUUUAAAAAAUUGAAUAUUAAUACAAAGCAUAUUAAAAACGUGUAAAUAUUACUGGUUCUCAUGUCUUUGUAUUUACAUUUUAUUUUGUUUUGUUUUGUAUAGAUCUAGAAUGAAUUAGUAAUUAAACACAAGGGUUUUUUCCCAAAAAAUAAUUUUAUUGAUUUUUAAAAAUGUCAUUAAAAACAUAGAUUACGGUAAUCUCUAACAUUAUUCAAAUCUUUCUAGGGACUAAAUUAAAAACUAUGAAGAAAUCCUAUAAUCCCUUAAUUGGCCUUUAUGAAACAGAAUGGGAGUCAGCAAUUUCAAAAUCAUUGAACUAUGAAUAACCAGAAUCUCAAUAGAAAAUGUAUCCCUUCACCUUUCAGAAAAGAGAUCAAAUAAUAACACAAUAAGCUGCUAUCAGGGAUUUGCAUUUUGACAUUCUGUUGUUUCUUUUUAAUUUUGUAGAUUAUAAUCUCCUGUUACAUCUAUAUCCACAGUACUGUAGAAUAAGAAUUCAUGUCCUGAAAAUGGUCCUAGGCAAUGAGUCUCAGUUAUCAAAGACAUUAAGUCAGAUUCAUUUAUUCAUUUUAUUCCCAAGUCAGAAUAAAAUGAACUAGUAGGUAUUAAAACUAUUUUCAGUACUAGGGGUUAAAACAAAAAGAAAUGGUUCUAGUUAACCAGAACACCAUUUCCUGAACGUUAUGAUCUUUAAAAUGUUCUGCUUUAGCAAGAUAAAAAGUAUAAAUGAUGCUACUUUAUUUUGGCAACAUGGAAAUUAUGUUUUUCUUUUUCCAAUAAAAUCCAUAUUUUCAUGAAAUUUUUAAAAAUAAAUUUUUAUUAAGAAUUAGUCUGAAUUUUAUCAUAAUUGAAAUUUAUAAUUACUAAGAAUUAAAUUUUUAAUCAUUUUUAAGCUGUGUUCUUCUCUACACCCACAGCCAAAAUGGAAAUUCACUGUAUGGUAUUUGGGAAUAUAUUUCACCUGUGAAAGAAAGAAUGUCCACAAUUCAAACGGUUUUGAGUUAAUAGGAAUCCCUCAGUCGAACUACAGAAUUUGUUUUGUUUUAUAUAUUCUUAGUCAGCAAAGUGUUUGAGCCAUAAUUACAAAUAUUUCCAUUUCUAAAUCUUCUUUUGGAAAAGCAGAUGACUAUAAUACGUUGGCUCUGCCACUGACUCCUGCCUUGUGAUAUUGGACAACUCACUGCCCUUUUCAGUUUCUCAUCUUUAGAAUGGGGAGUUGGGAUUGACAGUGGUUUUCAAGCUUUCCUUAACAGCAGGGCUUUUUUUCUAAUAAAAUUGCACAUGGAAUCCUGGUAGGCAAAACAGCUCAAAGCAAUGCAGGAGUUUCUCCAACAGUUUAAAUUGGAGCUCCCCAGAGCAUGGUUUAAAUACCACAACAGCACACAAUCAUCUAUCAAGUGUCUUCCAACUCUGAAGUUCCACAGUUGUAAUUUACUCAGAUAAACCACCUUUUGAGGCUUUAUAAGCAAACUUGUAAAAUCACAGUAAUUGAAUGAUAUACAAUAAAAAUUGACAGUUUGCCAUGUACCAGUCACUAGAGAUAUUAGCUCAUUUAAUGCCCUAUCAAUCAAAAAAUUGUAAGUACUCUCUUUAAUUCCUGUUUUACAAGUGAUGACACUGAGUCUUAAAUAGAAUAAUUUCCCCCAAAUGACACUGCAGCUGAAAGUAACCCAGUUAUUCUGACUGCAAAGGAAACGCCUUAAUUGCUUUGUGCAUCCUGAACAAAACAAUCUGUUUUAUGUCACUACACAUAAUCCAUUUGAAUGCCAAGGUAAAAGGCACCAUGAAAAACCAUUACCAAAAUAAGGAUAAUUCCAAUAACAAAACUGUCAAAAAAGAAUCACUGCUUCUCAAAGUAUGAUUGGUAUCAUCACUUAUUAAUGUUUUGUAUCAUCACUUAUUAAUGAUUUUGGCUUGGUCACCACUAUGCCUAGAAGAUAGUAGGCACUGAUAAACAUUGUUAAACACCGUAACAACACACAGUUAUCUAUCACAUGUCAAUGUCUUCCAUCUCUGAAAUUCCAUGAUUCUACUUUGCUCAGAUAAACCACAUUUUGAGGCAUUAUAAGGAAACAUGUAUAAUCAAGUUCAUACAAGCUAUACACAGUAGGCCUCGAUAAAUUUGUAUUGACGGCAUAAACUACUAGGGAUGAGAUUUGGGAACAUACAUUUUGAUAAGUGCCCCAAAUUUGAGAAUCAUUGCUCUAGUAGAUCUCUAAGGUCCUUCUUAGUUCUGACAUUAUAUCAGAUUUUAAGCAUUAAAUUCUAAGAUGAAAACCAUUUUUCUAGUCAGUUUAUUUUUCAUUCAGUCCAUUUAAUUUCCUCCAAUCUUAAACAAUUUUUUUCCCUAGGAAAAUCGCUAUCUUUUUCUUAAAGUUACUCUGUUAUACUAUCUCAGUCUCAAAGUAGCCUGAAACGCAUUUUCUCAUUUUCAUAAUUCUGUCCUUUUCUUCAAUGUCUUAAAAGACUUGAAGUAGAAGGGAGGUUGCAAGCUGUUAUUUAUUCAAAUACAAAAUCCUAAUCAAUGUUUCCUUUUUUGCAAGGGACAUUCAGAUCUCUAACUUGUGAGUUGAACCUAUUUAUUUUGUAAGCUUUUGACUUUACAAACAUGUGGUAGCCUCAUUCUAAAGAGUUGCACCAUAUUUUUUCUCAAAAUAACCACAGGCUGUAAAUUAAAUUGAACAAUGCAGUAAAAUAUGCAGAUACAUACUAAACAGAUGAGUGUGUGUGUAUGUGUCUGUGUUUAAGCUUUUCCUUUUCCAAAAGAUUAUACAUUUGAGCAAAAUCCCAUUCAGUCUAAAUGUACUCAUUUUGCCACAUGGUUUUCUGAUCAGCAAUUUUAAAAAAAUGGAAGCGUUACAUUAUAUUUAAUAAUAUCAAAAGAAGACUGAUCUCUAAAUAUAGCUUUGAAAGUUAAUAUAAUAUGAUGUGUCCAUGCAAUGAGUCAGAUUAGAUUGUUGAUAUAAAUGAACAAAUCAAUCCAAGUUACAUUGAUUGAAGGGACUAUUCGGAUGACCAGCCUCACCAUCUUUUACUGUGUGCACUUUCCUCUUAAGGCUUUAUUGUAUUUUCCUUGCUCCUUUAGGCUUUCUUUUUCAUGUGGAAAACAGUAUCUAAAUGCCAUUCUCUCACUUAUGAAUUAAAUAUGGCUACCAUUAAUGUUCCUUUUUGUCAGUGGAGUGUAUGGAAGGAAAAUGAGAUAGGAGUACAUUGCUUAAGUCUCUAAAUAUUAAAAACAAACGACAACAAAACACUUGCCUUUCUCUUGUGUCAUUGCUUCAAUGUUCUGUCAUCUUCUGCAAGCUAGAGUUGCAUUGUUGACGUCUAAUUAAGAUCUAAAUAUCUUUUAUGAAGGAAUGUCAAAUGUAAAGUCUGUUGAGUUGACCAUGGUGAAUCUCUUGAUGGGCCCUCACGUUUAGUAUCUGAUUUCUCUCCUAAAUGGAUAUGUCUAUGAGGAAAAGACACCUAUUUGUUGACAUUGACCGUGGGUAUAAUAAUUUAUUCUCUAGGUUUAACUUCUAAAAUUAUUUUUCCUUUGAUUUCUAACUGCCUCCUUCUACCCCUAGAGUAAUACCUUGCCUACCUUAGAUACAUCUUUAUCCUUGUAAAAAAUGUUUUGGCAAAAAGCAAAUAUAUUUUUUAAUGUCCCAUAAUGUUUUAAAGAAAAGAAGUAAAGUGUAUUUGGGCUAUGCUCACCAAUAUUCCAGUAUUUUACAAAUUGUGUUCUGGAAGACGUUCAUUGUGGUCUGAGAACAAAUGGUCCUAUACUAUAAUUCUCUCUCCUUGGACAUUAACAAUAAAUGUUAGUGUUUUAAUGAAGCUUAAGAAAGUUAUUGAAUCAGGUAAAAAAAAUUUUUUUCUAAGCACACCUUGAGAAACCUUUGGAAAAGUUUUCUUUUAACACUAGUUUAUAUAUCCUUCAAUAAUUGUAAAUAAAAUAACCAGGAAUGCUUUGAAAAAAAUGCUUCUGGAAUUUUGUUUUAAUUUUAAGAGAAUUCCUGUCAUUUCAAAUGAAUUGUUAUCUAUUUUAAAUUUCAUUAGUAUCUCUUAGUGAAUUUAACUUUAUAAUCUAAAAUAUUCAAAACAAAACAAUAAAAUUAUUUUAAUUGUUUUUGUAUUAUUUUUAAGGCUUGCACCUAUGACCAGCAUAUCAGACCCCUAUCUGUUGAAGAUGUUUCCAAUUCUCUGCCGUGUGGAAUUAAUGCCAGUGAAUAAUCUCCAGUAACGUUUUACUAAACAGCUUUAGGAAACUGAAGCAUGAUAGACCAAUGUUGACAGUAUUUUUACAUAAGCUUGUGAGAAAUUAUAUUAAAAACACUUUGGGGAAAGCUAAGAGCAGUGCACUGUUUAGCACAGAUUUUGCGAGAUUCUAUACUCUUUUAAUGAGCAUUUCACAGGUUGUUUUUGUUUUGUUUUGUUUUUUGCUUUGCUUUACUUUGCCAAUCAGUUACUUUUACACCAAAUCAACAAAGUUUCUUUAAAAACUUCCCGGUUAAAUUGUCUGUUAUCAUAUAGAAAAGAAUCAAACUGAAUCACUUUACAUUUCUCUAAAGAAAAUUCAGUUUUUAAUCUAUCCAGAGUUUGUGAAUCAGCCUGAUAGACCAUAAGCCAUUUAUAAUUUUUAAAUGUUCCAUUGAAUGAGUAUAUCAUACAAAUGUUAAUUCCAUCUCAUCUUGUUCAUUCAGUUUUAUAUUACUUUUACGACUUUUUUUCUGGCAAAGUAAAUGCUUGAUAUUAUUCAUACACCAUCACUCUAAGGUAUUUUAAAUCAUACAAAUAACUAUCACAAGACCUACUGUCCCAAGAUCCGAAGUCAGAUUAUUUUUCCUUUUCAAGUUGCUAGAAUGAUAAUUCAUAUAGCUGUGUUGAUUUUUCAGGUCAGAAUUAAGUUCUUGCUUUGUUAAAUGGACGUACAUGAAAGAGAUUGGCUCCUAUCUAAUUCAUAUUCUCUCUCUCUUUAUCUCUCUCUCUCUCUUUCUCGGUGUGCGUGUGUGUCUCUUUUCUCUCUGUCUAAGGGGAAUUGGAAAAUUGCUGCUGAAUAAUUUUUCUUGAAAAAGCCAAAUGUUGAUAUGAUGAUAUAUUAAUCUUAUCUAUGAACAGAGCUUCACUACAGGCCAAGCAGUAAUGUAUACAGCUGGCUUUUUAAGCUGUUUGAACCCUAUUGUUUUUGAUUUAAAAGAAUUUUUGUUUGUUUUUCACUUGUAUAGUAAAAGAUCGUAUGAAUUAAAUGCUUGGAUAUUAAUUUUCAUUCCUACUAAGUGGCCAUGUAAGGCAUUGAUUUUUUAAAACUUUAACAAUAUAGGAAUCUAGGACUCUCAGAAAGAUUUUGCUGUGUUUCUAUAGGUAAUGAAAUCCUGUCAAUUAAAGAAAAUGCGGUAUGUAAUUUGAUUUGGUGGUAGACUUUAUUUAGAGCUCUCUUUGAUCUAUGUAGCAAAAAUAGACUAAAUUUCUUUUUAAUCUUGUACUGAGUACAUAAUUUCAAAAAAAUACCUUAGGCAUAAAAUAUUUAUAAAAUUGUGAAUUGAAAUACUCAAGAUGCUUUUAAAAUUUAGUCAAAAUGUUGAUUCCCGGCCUUUUUCCUACACAUCUAUUUCAAAAGAGUAUACUUUAUUCUGACAGCCAUUACUGCUUAGUCUGUGCUGAAAGCUUUACUGCUUCUAUGCUGUGCUCAAGAGAAAACCAACAACGGAAGCGAAGACUUGCUCCUCCACAGAAUUGCAGCAAAGCUCUCUGCUGGGCAAUGGUGACAGGAAAGUGUGUAAUUGACUUGUUGAAGAUAAUCAUGAGACCAUCUUAACAUUACUUGCCUUAUAAGUUAGAAAUAGUAUGGAUAUCACUUUUUGUAAAUAAUAUUUUUUGUAAAUGUUUUUUGUUCAUAACUUUCCGAAUCAUCUAUUUCACAAAAUCCUGAAUAUGCAAUUAUUUAUUAUAACACAUUACUGCAACUAGGGCUCCCAUUCCAGAACAAAGUUUAAUUCUAUAUGUAAAUUGUUACUGAAAUGUGAUUUCUUUUUCUGGAAAAUAAAUGAAAAAUAUGAAAAUAAAUUGAAUUGUGAAUCUC